UUCCUCUUCCCCGAGUUCCAAACGCUGCCUUAAGCGGCCCCUGCAUCAAUUCCUUUCUCUGGAGCCUGGAUUCUCUCAGCAAGGCGGCGUCCACUCCUCCAUUGCCCCAUCUCUACUCUCUCGUUUCUCUCUGAAACGCUUUCUUUCUCUCUUUCCACAUUAUGGCUAUGUUGCCCUCAAUAUGCUCACAAAACUGUACUUCUUGUUUUCCCCAGCCUUAUUAGUCAAAAUCUCCAUACUUUAGUCCCUGUCAAAUGGCAGGCCCCAUUCAUGUUCCCCUUUGCCCAAAUGGGUUUGGCUCGUUUUUGAAUGCAUGGUGACUCUCUUUGGAGUUCACAUCUUAAGCACGAGUAAAUAGCAGGUUUGGUUCUUCAUUCCAUUCCCCCAAUAUGGUUGUACUCGCAGGUCCUACUCUCUUUGGCCUGGUUACUGGAAAAGUGCUUCACAUAUGAUAUUCUGAAGGUGGCUUAGGCUGGGUAGAGAAUUCUUGAUACAAGUAUUCCUUAGCGAAGACAAUGGUUUCCUCUGUCUCACAACCGACCCCCUGGGAACCAGCAAACUAUGAUGAGGUUUCUAUGCAGCAGAGCCUGCUUUUCUCUGAUAGUCUUAAGGAUUUGAAGAAUCUGAGAACGCAGCUAUACUCAGCUGCUGAGUAUUUUGAAUUGUCAUACACCAAUGAUGACCAAAAACAGAUAGUGGUUGAUACAUUGAAAGAUUAUGCUAUCAGAGCCCUUGUGAAUACAGUUGAUCACUUAGGUUCUGUGACAUACAAGGUUAAUGACCUGUUGGAUGAAAAGGUUGAUGAAGUUUCUGGAACUGAGCUUCGGGUGUCUUGCAUUGAACAGAGACUGCGGACGUGCCAAAAGUACAUUGAUCACGAGGGUAUUUCACAGCAGUCAUUAGUCAUAGAUACUCCCAGAUACCAUAAGCGGUACAUCUUACCAGUUGGGGAGACCAUGAAUGGUGCCGUCCGCACAAAAUCGAAAUAUCAAGGGUGUAGCUUGGAUGAUGAAGAUGAGUGGCAUCAAUUUCGAAAUGCUGUUAGAGCUACGAUUAGAGAGACUCCAUCGUCCUUGGUCAGACAAGGUGGUUCUCCAUCGCCUUCUCCACUACCCUUACAGCGAGCUGGAACCUUCUUGUUCACCGGCAGCAUGCCAAGAAAGGAACUUGAUAAGCGCACAGUUUCACCGCAUCGGUUUCCUCUUCUACGUUCCGGGUCUCUGUCCAGUCGGUCAGCGACUCCAAACUCAAGGGCAAGUACCCCAAAUUCGAGCAGGCCGACCACUCCAAACUCGAGACGGUUUCCAUCAGAGCCUCGAAAAUCGGCUUCGAUGCGUUUCCACCAGGAAAACGAGAAGGGCAGUCCGAAAGAGAUGGAGCAGCCACCCAGCAAGAGCAAACGGCUGCUCAAGGCCUUGCUCAGCCGCCGCAAGUCCAAGAAAGAUGACACCCUUUACACCUACUUAGACGAAUACUGAUAACGAAAUUCUCACCUGAAAAAGGAUUAGAAAAAAAAGUUUCCCCAAAGCAGGGCGCUCUGCCCCUGCCUCCUGCUCCAGCAUUCUUGCAUUCUACCCGUUUUCACUCAAUUAUUUUCAGUUUGCUUUCACACUUUCUUAUCUUGUUAUCAUUGUCGAUGUUAAAGAGCACCGGAACGGACCAGCCACUUCACCUGGAACCGUUCUAGUUGCAAGCACAAAAAAGGGAAACUGAGACCCAGUGGCAUGCAUGUCACAAGAGUGAAUCCUUUUUGAUUCUGAUAUAUAAUUUAAACUCGGUACGUAAUCAAUUUUUCUUAAUUGUUAAUUUGUAGCAUAGUGAUGCUUAAUAAAGUUUUAAGCUUAUUAUAAUAUUCUAUGGUGUAUUUUAUUUUUUAAAUUCAAGUUUUAAUUAUUUUUACUUAAUAAAAACAAAUUUCAAUGGCGAGAACAUCCUUCACUAGUAGUAAGGCAUGGGAUACCAAUUUUAUUGAAACUAAAUCUCUACAUUGUCUUGUGUUGUAUAAAUAUCAAUACACUGUUACAAACUCUUGCAGCCGCUCUAGAUUUUUCUAUGAAAAGUACAAUCUGCGGAUAAAUAGUAAAGCCAUAGUUGUAACGCUAUGGUAAAACAUUUAUGUGGAAAUUGCAUAUUAGUACAGAUGAAGUUUAGCUGAAUGCUAAUGGGAGUUUACUGGCAUGGCUGGUCAUGAUUCCAUGGCCUGGCCAAAUUCUUCGAUUGUUCUUGUGGCAAGCGUGAGAACAUCCACAAAAGCACUGAAUGAUGCCCGAAGAAAUCUUGCUUCAACUGCUUCGAAAUGC